AGGAAGGAGGAAGUGAAAGCAUCAAGCGCUGUCUGUGUGGAGGAGAGAAAGACGAGCGGAGCGCAGAGACCUUACAGCGGCUACAAAAUAAACUCCCCGCAGCAGUUUUCGGGCGGAGCAGCGCUCCAUUUGCCGCUUCAGCAUAGACGAGCGAGGAAAGUAAAGUUUCAUGCUUGGAGGCUGUCUGCUAUGGGACUGGAGUAGCUCGUGCUGCCUCGGUGUUGAUGUAUUUCUGAGCAGAAGCUGCAUUCUGUGCUUCCUGGCACUAAUCGGCUUAAAGAAGAAGAAGAAGAAGGGAGCGAGCAGCCUGGCGUGAAGGUUUCCGGGUGUGAAUGAAAGCUUUGCAUCUGUACAAGGCUUCUAGCACUCAACACAGCAGCCAUGCCGCCCCCUGCGGACAUCCUGAAGGUGGCCAUCGAGUGCCCAGGGGCCUUCCCCAAACUUAUGGAAAUAGACCAGAAAAAGCCUCUCUCUGUAAUCAUUAAAGAAGUCUGUGAUGGGUGGCAAAUGCAGAACCAUGAGAACUACGCCCUCCAGAACGCCGACUCCACUAACUUCUACAUCACAGAAAAGAACCGCAACAACAUAAAAAAUGGCUCCAUCCUGCGCCUGACCACGUGUCCUGCCCAUAUGGCACAGCAGCUGCACGAGCGCAUCCAAACCGGUAGUCUGGAUGUGAAACUGGACGGUCUGAAGGACUUGGCCAACGCAUCCCGAGACAUUACCUUCGCCCAGGAGUUCAUCAACCUGGAUGGCAUCUCGCUGCUUACCCAGAUGGUAGAGAGUGGCACCGAACGGUAUCAGAAACUACAGAAGAUGAUGAAGCCCUGCUUUGGAGAGAUACUGUCUUACACGCUGACGGCCUUCGUGGAACUCAUGGACCAUGGAAUCAUCUCAUGGGAUACGUUCUCAGUGGCGUUCAUCAAGAAGAUUGCAAGCUUUGUGUGUAAAUCAUCUACAGACUCGGCAGUGCUGCAGAGAUCUCUGGCCAUCCUGGAGUCUAUGGUGCUCAACAGCCAGGACUUGUACCAGAAGGUGGCGCAGGAGAUCACUAUAGGCCAGCUUAUGCCUCAUCUUCAAGGGACGGAUCAGGACAUUCAGACUUACACUAUCGCAGUGAUUAAUGCUCUCUUCCUGAAGGCCCCCGAGGACAAGAGACAGGAGAUGGCUCACAUUCUGGCACAGAAGCAGUUGCGCUCCAUUAUCCUUCAAAAUGUAAUCAGGAGCCCCAAGCCCAUUAAUGAUGAGAUGGCACACCAGCUUUAUAUGCUGCAAGUGCUGACCUUUAACCUUCUGGAGGAUCGCAUGAUGACCAAGAUGGACCCUCAGGACCAGGCUCAGAGAGACAUCAUCUUUGAGCUGCGCCGGAUUGCUUUCGACGUUGAGUGCGAGUCGAACAGCAGCGGCAGUAUUGAAAAGCGCAAGUCCAUGUACACCAGAGACUACAAGAAGCUGGGCUUUAUCAAUCACGUGAACCCGGCAGUGGAUUUCACACAGAUUCCUCCCGGGAUGUUGGCUCUGGAUAAUAUGCUGUAUUUUGCUAAACAACACCAGGAUUCCUACAUCAGGAUCGUGCUGGAGAACAGCAGUCGUGAAGACAAGCACGAGUGUCCUUUUGGCCGCAGCAGUAUCGAGCUUACCAAAAUGCUGUGUGAGAUCCUCAAAGUAGGAGAACUGCCAAGUGAGAACUGCCAUGACUUCCACCCCAUGUUCUUCACUAAUGACCACUCGUUUGAAGAGUUCUUCUGCAUCUGUAUCCAGCUGCUCAACAAAACCUGGAAGGAGAUGAGAGCCACGUCGGAAGACUUUAACAAGGUGAUGCAGGUGGUGAGGGAACAGAUCACUCGUGCUCUGACGAACAAGCCUAACUCUCUGGACCAAUUUAAGACCCGUCUGCAGAACCUGAGCUACACUGAGAUCCUCAAGAUCAGACAGUCAGAGAGAAUGAACCAGGAGGACUUUCAGUCUCGGCCCAUUCUGGAGCUGAGGGAGAAGAUCCAGCCUGAAAUCAUGGAGCUGAUCAAACAACAGCGUCUCAACCGCUUGUGUGAAGGCACCUGCUUCAGGAAGAUCAGCAGCCGCAGGAGACAGGAUAAGUUCUGGUAUUGUCGAUUGUCACCCAAUCAUAAAGUACUGCACUAUGGGGAUCUGGAGGAGAGUCCUCAGGGAGAGGUGCCUCACGAUUCUCUACAGGACAAAUUGCCCGUGGCUGAUAUAAAAGCUGUUGUCACCGGUAAGGACUGUCCACACAUGAAGGAGAAGGGAGCCCUGAAGCAGAACAAGGAACUGCUGGAGUUGGCCUUUUCUAUCCUCUAUGAGUCUGAUGAGUAUUUAAACUUCAUUGCUCCUGACAAGCAUGAGUACUGUAUGUGGACAGAUGGACUAAACGCUCUUUUGGGGAAGGAGAUGACCAGUGAAUUCACUCGCUCCGACUUGGACACACUUCUGAACAUGGAGAUGAAGCUCCGCCUCCUGGACCUGGAGAACAUCCAGAUUCCAGAGGCCCCGCCCCCGAUCCCAAAAGAACCCAGUAAUUAUGACUUUGUCUAUGACUGCAACUAAAGCCCUCCACUGGACCAAGUUUUUUUUUUUUUUUUUUACAUGCAGACUGGAAGAAGGAAAAAAAAACUUUUUAGGAAAUAAAACAAAUGAUUGAUUUUUUAAAUUUCUUUUGCUUAAUUCUUUUUAUUGCUUUAUUUCUCUGUGAGUUUAUCAAACUCACAGUUUGCUCUUCGUGUGUCUGACAUAUCCCAUAUGGUUGGAUCCUCAGGUCCAGAACUUGCACCUCAUAAAAAUUUGAGCUAACUUUACAGUAACUUUUUAGACAGACAGCCAGACACACACAUACACACACACCGCACACACGCACACCAUAAAUCAAUUUCAACUCUGGUUUAUAUCUACACUCACAAGUCAUAAUGCUUGUCCAUCCUGUUUUGAGGUGAGAGCCCCGCUGCUGAGUGAGUGCAGAGCCAGGGGACUUUGGCUUUUAACACUUCCUGCAUCAGGCGUCUGACUCACACAAGCGCAAUCUAGCAGCACAGAAAAGGCAGUGUAAAUGGCAGUAGUGUAAGUGUCCGAGUCCAUUUCCAUAGCCAUCAUUGCACACUGUUCAUGCUUCACAAACGAUAGACUGUUAAUUAAACUCUUGCAUCACAUAAGCCCUGAUCUAAGUCUGUCCUUCCCUCAGUGGUCUAGCCAGCCUGUAACCUGAAAUUUCAAAUCCAAUCCAACGCUCGCUUCUACUUGAUCCCCACCAGACUUGUGGUAGACUGCUGUAACAUUCCAAAGCAAUAUAUUGAGCUUGUUUUUUGUAACAUGGUGUAAACUUUUAGUGAUAUUUGUGCAGCCAAGUAGUCAGUAUUUUGUUUCAUUUGCAAUUAGGAUUUUUAUUUUAUUAUUUUUUUAACAGAAAAAUUAAAUCAUUAAUGUUAAUUUAAGUUAAAUGAUAAAUACGCUCACUGUUUUAUCCUCAUGAAUUAUUAUUUUUUAUUAUUCCUUAAGAUGUUUAUGUAUUUUAGAGCCCAACACCAUGUUGUUUACAUUAAAGAUCAAUUCCAAUUCA